AUGGCAGCACUGUGGGAGAUGUUAGGUGGUGCUGCUCUCCGGAGAGAACGAGUGUUCAGAGACCGCUCGAACCCGCUGGACCUCUAUGAUGAUGUCGACAUGUUCAAGAAAUACAGGUUCAAUAGAGAAGGACUUAUUUUCCUAAUCAACGAACUACAGCAUAACCUAGAGCGUACCACAAAGAGAAGCAAGGCUCUACCUGCCUCCCUGCAACUCUUUGUGGCAUUGCGUUUCUUCGCCACUGGAAGCGUGUUGGACAGUGCAGCGACCAUCCAUGGAUGCAGCAAUGCCACUGUAUCGAGAGUGGUCAGACGGGUGGCGGUUGCCAUCGUCGAAAAACAAGACGAAGGAAUCACCAUCCCAACUCAAGCAUCUACAUCUACAUGUAACUACCUGUCUCAGCUCCUAUCUACAUCCCACUUUGAAUUGCUCAACUACCUGUCUCAGCCCCCAUCGACCAGCCUCGGCUCCCAUCUAUACGUACAUCUACAGCCUCCAUCUACCAGCCUCAGCUCCAAUCUACAUCUACAGCCUCCAUCUACCAGCCUCAGCUCCAAUCUACAUCUACAGCCCCCAACUACCAGCCUCGGCUCCAAUCUACAUCUACAGCCCCCAUCUACCAGCCUCAGCUCCAAUCUACAUCUACAGCCCCCAACUACCAGCCUCGGCUCCAAUCUACAUCUACAGCCCCCAACUACCAGCCUCAGCUCCAAUCUACAUCUACAGCCUCCAUCUACCAGCCUCAGCUCCAAUCUACAUCUACAGCCUCCAUCUACCAGCCUCAGCUCCAAUCUACAUCUACAGCCCCCAACUACCAGCCUCGGCUCCAAUCUACAUCUACAGCCCCCAUCUACCAGCCUCAGCUCCAAUCUACAUCUACAGCCCCCAACUACCAGCCUCGGCUCCAAUCUACAUCUACAGCCCCCAACUACCAGCCUCAGCUCCAAUCUACAUCUACAGCCUCCAUCUACCAGCCUCAGCUCCAAUCUACAUCUACAGCCCCCAUCUACCAGCCUCGGCUCCAAUCUACAUCUACAGCCUCCAUCUACCAGCCUCAGCUCCAAUCUACAUCUACAGCCUCCAUCUACCAGCCUCAGCUCCAAUCUACAUCUACAGCCCCCAUCUACCAGCCUCAGCUCCAAUCUACAUCUACAGCCUCCAUCUACCAGCCUCAGCUCCAAUCUACAUCUACAGCCCCCAUCUACCAGCCUCAACUCCAAUCUACAUCUACAGCCUCCAUCUACCAGCCUCAGCUCCAAUCUACAUCUACAGCCCCCAACUACCAGCCUCAACUCCAAUCUACAUCUACAGCCUCCAUCUACCAUCCUCAGCUCCAAUCUACAUCUACAGCCUCCAUCUACCAUCCUCAGCUCCAAUCUACAUCUACAGCCUCCAUCUACCAGCCUCAGCUCCAAUCUACAUCUACAGCCUCCAUCUACCAGCCUCAGCUCCAAUCUACAUCUACAGCCUCCAUCUACCAUCCUCAGCUCCAAUCUACAUCUACAGCCUCCAUCUACCAUCCUCAGCUCCAAUCUACAUCUACAGCCCCCAUCUACCAGCCCCCAUCUACCAGCCUCAACUCCAAUCUACCAGCCCCCAUCUACCAGCCUCAGCCCCCAUCAACCUCCCAACUGGGAAUGAGAAUUGCCUAACUACCUAUCUCAGCUUCUCCUUGUGCCCCAUCCAUACCUCCCAAUCCGAUCCCUACAC